AUGCUGCAUGACCCCCUGAUCGAGGUCCUUGACAAGGCUUGGAUUGAGUUGGGCCUAGUACCCGAAAAGGACGGAUACUUGGGCAGUGGAGCUUUUGGUCUAGUUUUUAAAGUCUGCGAUCAGAAUGGAGUGGCCUUGGCAUUGAAGAUAGUUCCCGAUGUCGAUGAUAACGUGGCUGAACUUCAAAAGCAAAUGUCAAUGACUAAUGAAGCUAAACAAAAGUACCCUCACUUGAUUUUCGGCGUUGAAGAGAAUUCUUUCAGGAAGUUUGACGAGUUGGGCGCUGAUAUUUUAUUUUCGGAAGUUGGAAAUCACUAUUCUAGUCAAAGAAAGCUAUUAUUGAUUCUCUUCAAGAGCUUCACAACAACAAUGUGGUGCAUGGGGAUGCUCGACUGGACAAUAUUGUCUACGUCAAUGGGGAGGCCAAGUGAAUUGAUCUCCAAAGAGCAUAUAUUUGCAAAACUGAUCAAGUUUCCGAGAUGGAACAGAAGCAUCACAAAAAUCUGA